CAGGAAACUACUAAAGUUCCUGCGGGAUCAAGUAGAAUUUCAUAAGAACGUAAUGGAUGGAGAGGAGAAAGCCUACGGUGGCUGUGAAGGCCUUGACGCCAUGUAUGUCAAAUUAAUAUCUUCUGAUGGGCAUAAAUCUAUUGUAAAAAGAAAACAUGCAUUAACAUCAGGAACAAUAAAGUCCAUGUUGAGUGCAUCAGGGCAGUUUGCUGAGAAUGAAACCAAUGAGGUCAAUUUGAGAGAGAUCCCUUCGCACAUGCUAUUGAAAGUAUGCAUGUAUUUUACCUACAAGGCCCGCUACACUAACAGCUCCACCGAGAUGCCUGAAUUCCCAAAUGCACCUGAAAUUGCACUGGAGCUACUGAUGGCUGCGAACUUCCUGGAUUGUUAA